CCGAGCACAUUGCCAUCAGGAGGGAAGGCACUGCCCCUUUAAAUGCAUCCUUCUCCCCUCCCCCUCCUCCUCCUCCUCGGCUGAUCGAUCCUCCAUUUUCCCCCCCAAAAAAUAAGCCGCCUGGAUCCCACCUGGAGAAGAGGGAGGCGGAUUUCUGACUAUUUAUCGCACUGAUCCCGCUCUGGAGCCGAAGCCUGGAGGCGAGGAGAGGGGGAGCCCGGCCUUGGAUUAUCCCGUCUCGGAGGGUGGUGGUGGGGGGGAGUCCUCCUGCUCCCUCCCUGCCGCCGCCUGCUGAUAGAUAUGGCUGCGAACAUGUACAGGGUCGGAGAUUAUGUUUACUUUGAAAAUUCUUCAAGCAACCCUUACCUUAUAAGAAGGAUAGAAGAGCUGAACAAGACUGCCAAUGGAAACGUGGAAGCAAAGGUCGUCUGUUUCUAUAGAAGGAGAGAUAUAUCCAGCACCCUUAUUUCUUUAGCUGACAAACAUGCAAGGGAAAUGGAGGAAGAAAUGGAAAAUCCCGAAAUGGUGGAUUUACCUGAAAAAUUAAAGCACCAGUUACGGCACAGAGAGCUGUUUCUAUCUCGGCAGCUGGAGUCCUUACCGGCCACACACAUAAGGGGAAAAUGCAGCGUUACACUGUUAAAUGAAACGGAGUCCUUAAAAUCUUACUUGGAAAGAGAGGAUUUCUUUUUUUACUCCUUAGUUUAUGAUCCUCAGCAGAAGACACUCUUGGCAGAUAAAGGGGAAAUACGUGUGGGUAACAGAUACCAAGCUGACAUUACAGAUCUCUUAGAAGAAGGUGUAGAAGAUGGUAGAGACCAAGCUUUUCUUGAGACAAAAGUUUGGGAAGCAAGCAGCCCCCUUACGGAUAAACAAAUAGACCAGUUUUUAGUAGUAGCACGAUCUGUAGGGACGUUUGCCCGUGCAUUAGACUGCAGUAGCUCAGUCCGGCAACCAAGUCUACAUAUGAGUGCAGCUGCUGCGUCUAGAGACAUCACGUUGUUUCAUGCCAUGGACACAUUACACAAAAACUGUUAUGAUAUAUCGAAAGCCAUUUCUGCCCUCGUACCACAAGGAGGUCCUGUGCUCUGCAGAGAUGAGAUGGAGGAAUGGUCGGCCUCAGAAGCAAAUCUCUUUGAAGAAGCUUUAGAGAAGUAUGGCAAAGAUUUCACAGACAUUCAGCAGGACUUUUUACCAUGGAAAUCAUUGACCAGCAUAAUAGAAUAUUAUUAUAUGUGGAAAACAACGGACAGAUAUGUACAACAGAAACGGUUGAAAGCAGCUGAAGCAGAAAGCAAAUUAAAACAAGUCUACAUACCCAACUAUAACAAACCUAACCCUAACCAGAUAAGUGCAAAUAGUAUCAAACCUGCAGUGGUAAAUGGCACUGUGGUACAAGGCCAGAACAUGAGUGGGCGAGCCUGCGAGAGCUGCUACACUACACAGUCCUAUCAGUGGUAUUCCUGGGGUCCACCAAAUAUGCAGUGUCGUCUAUGUGCAUCAUGUUGGGCAUACUGGAAAAAAUAUGGUGGAUUGAAGAUGCCUACCAGGUUGGAUGGGGAGAGGCCAGGUCCAAAUCGGAAUAAUAUGAGUCCACAUGGCCUACCCAUGAGAGCCGGUGGGAGCCCAAAAUUUGCCAUGAAAACGCGUCAAGCAUUUUACCUUCACACUACAAAGUUGACGAGGAUUGCUAGGCGAUUAUGUUGGGACAUUUUCCGUCCACGUUAUGCUGCAAGACAUCCUUACAUGCCCAUCAACAGUGCUGCUAUCAAAGCAGAGUGUACAACAAGGCUUCCAGAAGCUUCUAAAACUCCACUGAUGUUAAAACAGAUUGUCCGAAAACCUCUAGAACAAGUAUUGAGAUACAUAGAGGCGCAUCCUUGCACUCCUAAGCCAGACUCCAUCAAAAAUAUUUCCACAAGCAUCAACAACUCCCUGACUCCAUCUAAAUCUUCCCCCGUCAUCAACAAUGGAUCUCCAACCAUACUCGGCAAGCGCAGCUAUGAACAACAUAAUGGUAUGGACGGAAGCAUGAAGAAGCGUCUGCUGAUGCCUAGCAGGGGUAUUCCUAACCAUGGACAAACCAGACAAAUGGGACCAAACCGAAACUUACUGCUCAAUGGGAAAUCCUACCCAGCAAAGGUCAGAUUAAUCCGAGGUGGUUGUCUGCCUCCGGUCAAGAGGAGGCAGAUGAACUGGAUUGAUGCCCCUGACGACGUUUUUUAUAUGGCCACAGAAGAAACAAGGAAAACCCGCAAACUGCUCUCAUCCUCUGAAACCAAGCGUGCUGCCAGACGGCCCUACAGACACAUAGUCAUCUGCCAGUCUCAAGUGGGACUUCUGGCCCGACACCCGGUCAACGACGAACCAAUUGUUAUCGAGGACUAAUCUCCCCCAGGAGUUUCUUCUCAGAACAAUACUUGACUUUUACAGUAUGAGGAAAAUGAAGACUUUUGCAUCUUUUAAAAGGAUUCCGUGCUUUGUAUAAGCAUCAGCUCUAAAGACUUGUUACCCUUUGGUCAUUUUUUGUUAACCAGUCAUUCCCCGAAUUCCCAUUGAACGUGUAGACUCUGACUUUGUUUUCCUUUUUAUUAUUAUUAUUAUUAUUUGGGAUCUACGUGACUGGUUUUGCCGACUGAACUGGGAACGUAAGUCGAUAAAAGGGACAUUCGGACAGAUCUUGUUUAGUGUUUAAUUUCAUUGAAAUUACAGAUAGGAUUCAAAAACUUUGUACACUUGAAACAAUGUAUCAUUGCUGAUGCCUUUCUUUUUACAAGAUGUGUCAUUUUACUUUUUGAAAGUGCCAUUUGUUUUUUUUUGUUUUUUUUUUCUUAUUGCAGUUAUAGACUGAAUGAAGAAUCUGUAACUUAUGACAUUUACUUUGUCUGACAAGACAUAAAUGUGCUUCUUGUGACAUGGGUUUAAAGUAAAAAAAAAA